UUUGUCUCUACGAUUUCAGUUCCUCUCUGUUGCUUAUGAACCACAAGCUCUUGGUGUUUUCCUCUGUCGCACGCACUUGCCCUUAGUGUGUCUUUUUCUCACAUAACAUACUGGAGUUCAAGGCGUAAACUGCUCUUGAAGACAUUGGAUCUGGAUGUGAAAAAAAAUGCACUGUUUGCUGCCAUCUUUACUCCCAUUAACAUUUAGACAAUAAAGCACAUGCUGUGGAUAUAUUUAAUAAAACUGCAAAAAAGAGAGGAUGAAAGAAGAAAGUGACCAAAAGCAAGAAAGCAGUAAAAGAAACAAAGUACAAUAGGAACAUAAAGUAAAGACAUCUAUAGUAUGUGAAUGUAAAAAGAAAGAAACACAAAAGGAGCAAGAACAUAAACAAACAAGCUGUUUCAUUCAAGAAAAGUAAAAUCAUGAAAAAUAAAAGUUAAAAACUUAGAAUAAAGGACAGCACAUGCCAAGAAAAUUAAAUAAAAAGCACAUAAAAGGGGAACAGGCGGAAAAGCAAAUAAUAACAAAAAAAAACAGAGGCACCUGCAAGUUUAUUCAAUUAUUCCAAACAGUUGAAUACCUGAACCAAUUCAGAUAUCAUAAAUGAGUUCUUCCUCAUGAGAUGCAGUCCGAUGAUCUCUUUGUGCGUAAGCUCCGCCAAGCUCCAUCUCGUUCUUCCCCUCACAAAACCACUCGCGAAGCUAAGUCAUUGAUAGCCACUAGUAACAGCAAACAUAACGGUGGAGCACGUUCCCUUUCAGAGUCAGAGUUUGAUCCUCGUGAUAAAGGAUCUGGAAGCCCAUCUGCCCCACGAUUUAAAGAUCCAUUCAUAUUGCUUGGGCUGGCUGGUAACAACCAAGGGCCAUCGGCCCAUGAAGUGAAAGAGAAGCCUCCUGAAGGGGAUCCUGUAGCACCUCGACCAAAGAGUUUUGCUCACCAUGACAUCCAGAGUAUACUGUUUGAUCCUUUUCGUAGGAGAGAAUCAGAGGUUAGAAAAAAUGUGAGAAGUGGGGCAUCUGCUGCUUCCCAUAUCAGGACUAAUUCUUCACCUAGAAGAUCUUUGUCAUCCCCAGAAGAUCCAGGUGACCCUGGAGAUGGAAAAGACAAUGAGCUCCUGCUCAGCUGUCCAUAUUUUCGUAAUGAGGUAGGAGGAGAAGAAGCAGAAGGCCAAAAAGAUCAAGGAUGGGACUUUUGUUCUGUUUCAUUCCUCCAUGCACCACUUAUCAGUUUUCCAGUUCGAGGGCCUAAUGCCUCUGUAUCAGUAUUAGAGGAAGCUAGAGAGAGGAUAAGAGAUAGCAGCUAUUUUGUGGAAUAUCAAGACCUGGGUGCACUAUAUUACCGAAAGUAUUUUUAUGGAAAAGAACAUCAGAAUUUUUUUGGAGUUGAUGAAAGACUGGGCCCUGUGUCGAUAAGCUUACGGAGGGAUGAGAGAGAAGGUGCCAAUGGUGUUCAGUAUAACUACAGAUUAAUAUUCCGAACUACUGAGUUGAAGACACUUCGAGGGUCCAUUUUAGAGGAAGCCUUUCCUUCAUCCAUACGCCCCAAUUCUUCAAGGGCAAUUUCACCUAAAAAGCUUCUUGAAAACAUUGUACCAGAAGUUAACCUGCAGUGUCUACGUCUAGCAUCUAACUCUCCUAAAGUACCGGAGACUCUCCUAAAGUUGGAUGAGCAGGGGCUCAGUUUUCAGCGAAAGAUUGGUAUUCUGUAUUGCCGCAGCGGCCAGUCUUCGGAGGAGGAGAUGUAUAAUAAUGAGACAGCAGGACCAGCUUUCCAGGAGUUUCUGAGUUUACUCGGAGAUGAAGUCAGACUAAAGGGGUUUGACAAGUACAGAGCGCAGCUGGACAAUAAAACUGACAGUACAGGCAUGCACUCUCUGUAUACCCGCUACCAGGACUAUGAGAUCAUGUUCCACGUUUCAACAAUGCUUCCAUUUACAGCAAGCAACAGUCAGCAGUUACUUCGGAAGAGGCAUAUUGGUAAUGAUAUUGUGACGAUUGUCUUCCAAGAACCUGGUGCCCUCCCCUUUACUCCACAGACUAUUCGUUCUCAUUUCCAACAUGUAUUCGUUGUGGUUCAUGUUCACAAUCCAUGUACUAAUCAUACCAGCUACAGUGUUGCCGUUACCCGCACUGCCGACACACCACUGUUUGGACCUCCUCUACCCAAAACUUUAUUCCGACGUUCUCCUGAAUUUAGAGACUUUUUGCUGUCCAAAGCUGUGAAUGGUGAGAAUGCAGCUGAACGUGGAGGCAAAUUUCUAGCCAUGGCUACGAGAACCAGGGAAGAAUACUUAAGAGACUUGGCUCAAGAUCAUGUAACUACUACUACUCUGGAGUCAUGUUCAUCGAAACUAGCCAUUUUGAGUCUUUCCAAGAAAAGGGAUCGAGCAGGUAGCACUGGCACUGGAGACAAAGGGGGAAAAGGAACUCGUUGGCCAUACAGUGUUCCUCCAGAAUUCCAUAGCUCUGGUGCCUUGGUGUGGACAGUUAAAGCUGUGAACAUCUCCAUUCCAGAAAGUAUUUACAUGCUGGGGAUAUCUUCUGAGAUGCUGGUGUUAGUUGACCCCAAAAAGGAGCAUGAAGGAGCAGUCAGUUUUCACUGCUCAUGCAGGGAUGUACUUGGAUGGACCUACUCUUCUAAAGGGGGAUUGGAUCUUUACUAUGGUCGGGCAGGAAAGUUAGCACUUUGCCCAAUUGCAAGCAAUGAGACAGAAGUGGAAAAUGAAAUCAACCACAUCGUCAAGAGACUGCAGGUUGUCUCCGGUGGGUGUGAGACCCGUGAGAUCCCUCUUUUAAGGAAUGGUCUUGGGCAGCUUGGAUUUAAUGCCGAUUCUGGUGGGUUUGUGAUAGAAGUGGAAAGAUUCAGCAUGGCAGAGACUGUAGGACUGUGUCCUGGUGCAAGGCUUGUUGCAAUCUGUGGUCAGCCUUUCUGUUCAUUGACCCCUGAGGAUGUCCGCAACCUUUUCCUUCGUGCAAAAAAAGUGACAGUAACCACUCUGCCUCCUGAUGAAGCAGGGAAGCCCCGCAGGAGCUUCUCUGAGCUAUAUGUAAAGUCGCUGCAAGAACAAAAAAUUAUGAGGCGCUCAGAAGGGGACAUAGAGAAGGAUGACGUGACAGCAAGAAAGGCAGAAACUGCUCCAGAGACUAGGAACAUCCUGCGCACCUUAUCUGUUCAGGAAGAGAGGACAGAGUUCAGAUUCAACAAAGCUGAUUUGGCUCCUCCUGAUAUUAUUCCUCAACCAGAUCCAUCUAAAGAUGAAGAGAUUAUGGAUGACACAUUUGAGGAGCCUCUGGCAGAAAUGACUGAUUCAGAUGUUCCUGUACAUGAAGAGUCCUUCUCUCCUGCGCCCUCUACUCAGGAACAACACAAAAACACUCCACAGUCGCUUGAAGAUGAAUGGCAGAGUAUAUCUGACCUCACUUUGGCCUGUAAUAGCAUACUGGAGGCCAUGUCUAAAGAAGAACAGGUACAAGCUUUUAAAAAUGAUAUGGGAGCUCAAAGCUCUCUCCCAGCAGCAUCAGGAAAUCUUAAUGACAAAGUUACAGAGCUGGAAAUGAAGCUGAAGAAACUCCAGGAAGACCUUAGAAGGGAACAAGAGGGAAGAGCACAACUGCAGGCUGAGGUUCUGAGCCUGAAAAGGACCCAAGAAGAAGCUUUCACUGGAACUUUGCCCCGAGAAAAUGGUGCCAAAAUACUCAGAGGUGGAGCCAGCAACUGUGAAGGAACAACUAAUGACUAAAUUAGAAAGCAAUCAUUAAGAACUUUGUAAAGAAAGUUUGGGAUCAGGGAAUCAUUUCAUGAAAAGUCAAUGAAUUGAUCAAGCAGAAAGACAAUGCAAGGUAAUACCUGCCUGGCAGCAAGAUUGAUCUUAUAGAGGUAUAUGGAAGUAUAGGGAAACAUGGUUAUACAAAUAUUUAAGAGAAUAGGGCCCAAUACUGACCUCCGUGGUACUGGAUCCAAAGUGUAAAAUGAGUCAAACACUGAAUUAUUUAGGUGUUCAGGUAUGAUCAUUUCAGAAAACCACUAAAACAUAUUUCAGGGGAUUGAACAAAUGUGUUUGAAGGAAAUAAAAACCUCACAGAUCAGACAAACAAUUAGAGGGAGUCAAAUCCUUUCCAUAGUGGCCAGAGAUUCUGGACCCACUGUCAUUUCAGGUAUGGCUUACAAAUACUGUGAAUGGUGAUGAGAUAAUGCAGUGCAGGAGGGUUAUUCGCAAUGAGAACCUGUAAUAGGAUGUAUACUGCAAGAACAUUGUGAAGGAAGGAUGUCCUCUUUUGAAUGUCUUUGUAAAUAGAGUAUUAAUGUCUUCCAGUAAUUAUCUUUAAAGUUCCUGUUAUAAUGAAUGUAUAUUUGGGACAAUAAACGGUAAUAUUAUCAGAA